AUGUGCCAGCGAAAAUGCGACAGGAACUGUGGUUCAACGACCAUCCGGAACUUGGUCGUUUGCCUUGAUGGGACCUCUAAUCAAUUUGGGCAUCACAACACCAAUGUUAUAGAGCUACACAGCCGAAUACUGAAAGAAGAUCAAGAUAUUCCGCAGCUUACUUUCUACAGAAGCGGUAUUGGGACUUUGGUACCUCCCCGGAGGUUUUCGCUGCGAUACUGGUUAAGCCUUGGCGACAAUGUUAUUGAUCAGGCCAUUGCAUGGCAUGUGGAGUCUAACGUUAAAGAAGCGUAUCAAUGGCUCGCAGAUAACUAUCAACGUGGGGAUAGAAUAUAUUUAUUCGGAUUUUCCCGCGGAGCCUACCAAAUUCGAAUGCUAUCAGGAAUGAUUGAAAAGGUCGGCCUUGCUUACCCCGGAAACAAGAGUUCGACUUCUCUCGGCUAUGAGUUGUACGUCAAUAGAUACAUAGGCAAGAAGAUCAAGGACGAGACCGAGGCCGAAGUCCUGGCCUAUAAUUUCAAGAAGACGUUUUCGAGGCCCAUCAAGGUCCAUUUUGUGGGUGCAUGGGAUACUGUUUCGUCCGUUGGCAUCGUCCGAAAACGCUCAUUACCACUGGCAGGGGCUGCCAGUUGUACUUGCUUCUUUCGUCACGCUCUGGCACUAGAUGAGCGUCGUGUCAAGUUCCUCCCCGAAUACUUCUCCAAAGGAUCGACACCGCGAUUUGGGAGACAACCGGAGUGUACAGAGUCCACUGAUGUAAAAGAGGUGUGGUUUGCGGGAAGUCAUUCAGACAUGAGCCUCAAUCUUUCCCGGGUUCCCUUGCUGUGGAUGGUGAAAGAGGCUAGUGCAGCUGGCCUCAGGUUCACAUCACGAAACAUGGAAAGCGAAUGGGAGCAGGGGAACCUUCACAAAGCCAUACCGAUAAAAUCUCUAAAAGGUUCGUGGUGGUUCCUUGAAUACGUGCACAUCACACGACUCUCGUACAAGGAUGACAAUAGUACUACAAGGUAG